AUGGUUCAACAGCCUUGGGCACAGGAUUUACGUAAGCGUAUGGCUAAUGUUCACUGUUUUUUUCGCGUCAACCAUUCAAAGCUUGGCACCGCACCGUCCUAUCAGAAGUUGAUAUGUAAAACUACUCUAAUAUACUGUUUAGGUCGGUCACGUUUUCUCCCUUCCGCUCUGACCCGCGGAGGGCCCCCAACUUUGGAGUUGUAG